CGCGCUAGGUAUUGUCGAUCAUUUUAUGGAGCGCAUGUGGAAACGGAUGAUUGUCGACCUAGUUUCGUUACAUCUAGAGCUCUUAGGAAUUCCUUUGCCAUCACACCCGCGACGCAUAUACAUAUAAUCUACAUCAGAUGAGUGCAGCUGGGAAUUAUUCUCCUUCGUACUUUAACACUUUAUUUUAACUUACUUUAUUCUUGGCGAUUUUAUUAUGGUUCCUCAUAGUAUGCUCGACUAUUUUUGAAGUUUUCUUAAGAAAACGAUUAACUUUUAACUCCUUAUCAUCUUAGCCUUAAUAGAGAAUGAAAGUUUUGAAACAAUGUAAUUGAAUUCAGCUUAACAACUUUUAUAUAAAUGAAUAAACCUUGAAUUUUUUUAAAUAAAGAGAAACAAAGAGGUACAAAGAAAAUGACCCACUCAAGCGUUCGUAUUUUAACAUUCUCCAGCUCGCAUCGUCGUCCGACGACUCGCGAAAAAUUUCGAAAAAUCGCGACCAGUUGAUCCGAAUUGGUCGGAACCCGCCAUCUCUGGAGAUCAUCCUGCAUCAUUCUCCCCUUAGACGUCUUCGUGGUACAUGACGUCAAUUGCGGUAACGUGCACGGCACCGUUGCAGUUCGGCGACGCGCAGUCGCGCGGCACCGCGAUCAAUGCGCGUCUCCGCGCGAGGGGUACCCCGUCGACGCACAUUACACGAGGGACGGAACAUGCGCGCGGGUAGACUCGUCCUGCGGUAAAAAGGAGAGUUCUCACGCGCGUGGAAACCUCUGACGUGGAAUGCCGAUGGUGCGAACGCGCGCUCGAAUUUUUGCGUGGGGCGGGAUUCGAUGAAUUCGCGAUUCUGCGAAACGUAACGUAAAACUCGGAGGUGACAAGCUGAGUCAACGGCUUCGUGUGUUUGUGAUGUGACACGAAAUGUUGCGACGACCGUUCGUCGCGACGCGCUAAUUCCGCGCGAUGUACGAAGCCAGUGCAGGCGAGGAAUAUCAAUCGCUUAAUUUUUGGUGGUUGAAACGAUCGACAGUCCACUCUGUGUUUGAUAAAACUGUCUUCGUCAAAAAGUAAUUAGCGUUUCCUGUUCAGAAACGAGUGUUGUGGGACUUAUCGAUAAGAGUGCAGUUACAUAACAGCUCCCAUGACAAUAAUGAUAUGCACAAUUUGAAGAUUUUUAUUCGACAUAUCUUAUCAGGAUGUUAGAUAACUCAAGAGUGAGCUUUCGCCGCUACAUAUGUUAACAAGAUUGUUAGAGAGAGAAAGACCUUCGAUUGAUUUAUGAACUCUAAGCAGUUGUUAAAUCAUCGUCGAGUCUCCUUCGAUCUAUUCGAGCGAAUAUAAACAGCGCGUUUAUUCAGCGAACGCUAGUUACGCUUUUGCCUGCGUAAGAUGAACAGGUGCACGUAGACAAUCGAUUGGCGAGCGAUCAAUCCAAUCGGAGCAGGAUGCCGAAACCAGUUCCGGUGGAGAAUCUGGUGAUACCGCCGCAGGAUGGCCGCAUCUGCGGCACGAUCUGCAUCUGCCAGAUGACGAUGGUACUGUCCUCGGUCGCGUUGGUGUAUCUGACGGUCGCGAUCUAUAUGCCCAGCGGACGGGCGUUCUCAUCGGGCAUCAGCGAGGUGCCCGUGAUGUGCACGACGAUUCGAGCGGCGAACGUCGACAAUUGUGAGUGGGGCAGCUGCGGCGAAUGGUGCCUGUCCAAGACCUCCGGGCCUUGCGUGCAGAUCCACGUGAAUCUACGCAGAAACGGAUCCACGAUUCUGCUGGCGAACUGUACGAACACGACGAAUAAGACGUGCUACGGUAUCGAUCAGGAGAACGCGAAGAAGGCGAAGUGCAUCGCGGACGAGUGUCGCAAUCUGACCGGCACGUUCAACUGCUCCGCGGGCGUCUGCAUCAACAUCACCGACGCCUUCGAGUGCAUGUUCCACGACACGGACCCGCCCCUCAAGUGCUCCGGUCGUCGCGGCAAGAUCACCUGCAUAGACAUUGACGGCCUGUUCAAUUGUAACCGCGGUACCUGCGAGCGCAUACGCACCCCGUAUAACUGCGAUCGCAGGUGCGUCGACAUCCCGACCAGGAACAAGAAUAUGAUCCUCCUCAGCGGCGACAAGGUGUACCUGAGCCAGUGCGAGCGAGCUAUAGACGUGGUGACCAAUCGCGAGAUCUGGCAUGAGGAUCGUGGCGACAUCAUGAUGGCCUCCUGCUACGGGAUCUUUAACUCCACGUUGGGCGUGGAGGCGGUGGACUGCAUCAACGGCUCCGUGCUGGAGAAAGAUCUGCUGACCGAUCUAACGAAUUUCACGUACCUGUCCUACCUGAAUAUAUUCGCCACGAAACCGCUGGACAAAGACAACUUAGUCGCGCCGCCGGAGCAGAGCCUGAUCAUCGCCAACGAGAGUAAACUGUUGAUCAACCUCGAAGGAUGCGUGAACACGCUUCGGGACGAGUGCAAAGAUUUCCUACACGAGUACGGGAAGGACGGGUCCGACCAUAACGCGCGUGCUAGGUUCCCGUGUUACUACGCCGAGGCUAACACAAACGUCGUCGUGUCACGGUUCAAUCUACAAACGACCUAUAAAGAGUUCUUGAUCGCGCUAGUGCUGCCGAGUAUUCUGUUUGUCGUCAGCUGUCUGACUCUGAUCUUCUGUCAGAGGAGUGUCGUCGUCGGGGACGACGCUAAAAUGAGGUUCAAGGGGCCCGGCACGCUGGUCUCGAUAGAGAGGAGCGCGUCGGGCAAUUUAGGGGAUGCUGGCGGAGGAGACUCCGUUAUGGCGCUCUGAGAUCCGUCACGCAUUCCCCUCCUGGAGGAGAGUCCGGCUCGUCAGUCGAUAUUCUCCCUGCGCGGGCAUUACUGAGGUGUGGGGAGGGGGGGAACGCGUGAUAAAAAAAUUCUCAUCUUGCAAUUUAACAAAACAAAAAAAGCAACACGUACACAUUCCUGCAAAAGAAUCAAGAAAAGGAAGCGAGAGAGGGCGGUCAGACAACAAAGAGAGAUCAAGAAUAAUUUAUCUACUCGCACUGCCUGCACUAAAUAUUUGAAAGACCGCACACACGCAUGCUUAUGCGACACGAGCAGGUGCUGUCGCGAUACCGAACGUAAUAAUUCCGCAAAUUCCGAACGAUUCACUCGUUCAGGAGGAAAUAACAGUUCAAGAGAGAAGAUUUACUCGAUUCUGGUGUUUUUUCACUACGUAACAUUCGUAGCUCUUAAGAGGUUCCCCUUUUCUGAUUGAUUUGCCGCGACCAAUAGCUAAAAGUUUAACAGCCAAGAGGCGCGCCUUGCCGAUGGAUGAUCGACUCGAGACGAGCUCUCGAUAAACCUGCUUACUUAACGAGUUCAUCGUAACCGCCAGAAGCGCGAACGACGACGCGAGCAACCUAGAGCAAUAUCGACGGAAGUCGGCCUACUCAAGCUCGAAGAUCUCUUCACCUCAAGAAGCUUCAUAUUCAAAACUUAGAAUUAUUCAAAUUAAUCGCGAUUCUAUAUUCCUAUUCGAAAUCUAAAAAAUCGAUUCUUGAAUAAUUGUUACUCGAUUAUCUUCGUCAUGUUAUAUAUCUUGUCCAAUUUCGCAAGUUUUUAUAUUAAUUGGUAAAUAAAUCAAGUUUUCAUCAAAA